UCGAUUCUCGAAACCCACCCCUUUUCUGCAAUCGCCGGCCUCUCGAAUGGCGUCGCGCCGGUAGCGGCGCCGCGCCGCCCCCGGGAGCCGCCGAUGAAGCGGCCGGCGCGGCACCUCUGCACCGUCCUGCUGCUCGCGCUCCUCGCCGUCGCCCUCGCGUUCCGGGCCGUGCUCCGGCGCGGCUUCGUCGGGUCCCUCGAGCUCGAGCAGUACGGGCUCGCGGCGGCGGCGGGGGCGGCGGCGGCGGGGGAGGCGGCGGCGGCGGCCGUCUUCAACUCCUCCGUGCUCAGGUACGCGGAGAUCGACGGCGCGGAGGAGAAGUUCAAGCGGGAGACCCAGCAGCUGCUGGAAGGGAAGUUCUCGGGUCACCCGCAGUUCAGGAGGUUCGCGUCUCGGAGGAGGUUCACCACCUACGAGCCCAACGGGAAGAUCAAUAUGGUUUUCCAGGUGUCGCUGGCGCCGAGGUAUCAGAGGUACGUGCAGGAUUUUAGGAGGAAUUUGCAGGAUUGGUCUAGGAACAAGCGGUUCCAGCCGGAUGUGAUGAACGACUUGAUUAGACUGGUGAAGCAUCCGCUCGACAGGCGCGGCGGUUCGGUGGUCUCGGAUAGGAGGUACGCGUCUUGUGCCGUUGUUGGGAACAGUGGGAUUUUGCUGCAGAGCGAGCAUGGGGAGCUGAUCGAUAGCCACGAGGCGGUGAUUAGGCUGAACAACGCGAAAAUCAAGGGCUUCGAGCGCAAUGUCGGGUCUAAGACCACCGUCUCGUUUGUAAAUAGCAACAUUUUGCAUCUCUGUGCGCGGAGGGAACGGUGCUUUUGCCACCCUUACGGAGCGGAUGUUCCGAUCGUCAUGUAUAUUUGCCAACCAGUGCACUUGCUCGAUUAUACGAUGUGUAACUCGUCUCACAAAGCGCCUUUGCUCGUCACUGAUCCGAGCUUCGACAUGCUGUGCGCACGGAUCGUUAAGUACUAUUCGGUGCGGCGGUUUGCCGAGGAGACGGGGAAACCUUUGGAAGCAUGGGAUGCUGCACAUGAUAAGGUGUAUUUCCACUAUUCCUCGGGGAUGCAAGCCAUAAUGCUGGCUUUGGGAAUUUGCGACAGAGUUAGUGUUUUCGGCUUCGGGAAAUCGGAGUCGGCCAAGCAUCAUUACUAUACCAAUCAAAAGGGCGAGCUGACUUUGCAUGAUUACCGAGCGGAGUACGAUCUCUAUCGCGAUUUGGUCGAGAGGCCCCAAGCGAUACCAUUUAUUUCAGAUGAGUUCAAAUUUCCUCCUGUGACUAUCUAUCAGUGAAAUUGCACUGGUUGGCUUGUAUUUGGUUUCAAUUGGUCUUUGAGGAAAUAGUUUAGUAUUCAAUGUGUCAAGAUUGAAAUAACGUGCUCAUGUUGUUAACUGUAAUCUUCCACGGGAUAUUCAUGGAAUUGAAUGUCAGAGUAUGCAAAGUACAGAUUGUUUAGAUGUUAUUAGCCUGUUACUUCUUUCAAGAUUGUCUUAGAUGAAUGGAAGUUGGUUUACUCA